UCGGAACUUUAGAGAAAUUGCGUGAAUAUGAUCUUAGCUGAAUCCAUGGAAUCGUGUUGAAAAGAAUCCAGAAAACAAUAACCUGACUGCAUAUCUAGAUACACACUUGUAUAAAAAUAAUGAAAAAUCAUCCAUGAUUAUUAGAAAUGAUGAAAAAGUAUCCUAAACCACCAAAUAACUGGUUAAACAAGACGAAUAUUAUCUCUUUCUUCUUUGCCUGGAAUGCUUUUGGAAUUUUGCUGUAUCGGCGUUUCGUCCGGAAUAAAGAUGACGAAAAGGAAUCUGAAAUGAACAAAUUAACCUUUAAACAAAGAUACCUGAAGGCCAUCUAUGGGGAGGAAGAUAAUCAGAAAUUUCGCCAUUAUAAGAUGAAAGGGUUGACUGUUGGUGCCAAAAUUGAAACGACAUUAGGGGAUUUGGUUGCACCGGCACCAGGAGAAGAGACGGAUAAUAAGGAUAACAAGACAACAUUGCAAGACAUGCAGCCUCCAGUCCAAGAAAGCGUCUGACACUGGACAAACUCAGCUUUAACGUUACAGAGAUAAAGUCACAUAAGAACCGAAAAUUCUACCAUCAAACAUGUCAAAUGGACUUCCACGGUUGACUCAACGUAGUUUCUAUUCUUUGGAAGCAAUGGAAUAGAUGUGUGAGAGAGAACAUGUCUUUUACCAUAUAACUGCCACUUGCUUCUAAUCAGUUUUUAUAUCAAGAGUUCAUGUCCGCAGUUCAGAGGACUAUUCGCUUCAAACUGCCCUUUUUUUACCAGGAAAAGAAACAGUUAAUGACACCGGUGUGUAUGAAUAAUCCUCUGGUUUUAACUGUUUUGGAGCUUUUUACGAAAAUAUCUUUAGUGGAUGGACCUAUAUAUGGAGUUUGCUUAAAGGCCUACGCUGUUCCUUAAAAAUGUGAAAUUUAUUUUGAAUUUAAGAAUGGCCAAUUGCCUAAAUACGUGACUCAUACCCAAGGGUUAAAAAUGAAGUGGAUUUCAAAACGUAUACUAGUGCAUGCGCUUAUUAAGUAUCAUCACAUUCAGAGCAAAUUUGAUUUAAUACAGUAAUCUCACCUACUCGUUUCAUCCUGAUGGCAUGGAUGGCAAUACUUUUGAAUAGUUUCAACCAUUCAGAUAAAAGUAAUCUCUGCAAUUCAGAGUUGGUAUUCACCCUGGCACAAGAGGGCGGUGGCCAAAUACUGCAGCAGCAAAAGGCUCAAGUGAGGACAUGAUACUCUUCCAGGUGAGAUAUGUGGACCGUCAAAUUAUUAGCUCAUGCACAAGUAUUUAGGUCAAAUGAACCCUAAAACAAGCACAUGCGUCGAUAUACUACGUUGAACAGAUGUGCAUGCUGUAACAAGAUUGAAAACCAAUGUUGUUUUCGUUUAUGCAUAGAAAGAAAUAUCAACAUUUUGUAACAAAAAAUAAAAGUAUCUGUAAGAUA